UAGCCAAAAAAAAUUUUUUUUAAAGAAAAUACGUAACUGAAUAUUUAGCCAAACAUUCGGCCCACCGAAUAUUCGUUACAUACCUAUUCAAAAUUAUCUUAAAAUAUGCUAUUUUGUGACAACCACAAGCCUGACACACAAAAAAACAGAAAAGGGCAUAUUGUUUUUAUAUUGAUUGCUAAUCUAGGGAAGGAAGGAUAAUUUAUUUUCUUUAGGUCUGCUUGCAAUAUUAACGAUGUCACACAAACAUGCUACUGUUAAUUUCGUGCCCUGUUAGCAUUAAAAAAUAAGCAAAAACAUCUUCAAAAUUUUCGUGGUAAAAUAUGUUUUCAUCAGAGUAUAAGAAAAUAACAAUAGAUGCCCCUUACAGUUUUAAAAUUUCAGAAAGUUAUUUUUAUUCUAUUUGUUUUAAGAUCAUUUCUAUGGUUUUGUGUUUCAGGAUUACUGAAGAAAAGGUGGUACUGUCACUUUCAAGCAGGCUUUUACAUCAACUUCAGAUCUUCUAGAUAGCACCGCUAAGAUAUCAAGGAUCCAUGUUUCUGUAGCCGAUUUGAAUAUGCCAUGAGAAGCAUACAAGAAAAUAAAAUAAAAAAUUGGGAAUAAUUCCAACAUUAUUUUUAUCAAUUCAUAUAGCUGACAGCAAAGGAACUGGGGCACUAAUACUGACAACAUGGAAGAAAAAUUCAAAACUCUCUCUGAUUGUUAUUUUUAUUUCUACUCUUCCUGCACAAAAGGAGAUGCAUGUCCUUAUAGACAUUGUGAGCAGGCCUUGGGUACUGAAAGAGUAUGCAGCCUUUGGAAAGAAGGUCGCUGCCUUCGAAGUGAUUGCAAAUUCAGGCACAUGGAGAGUAGAAUUGAUAGGAAAAGCAUUCCAUGUUACUGGGAAAAUAAACCUGGCGGAUGUAGAAAGCCCCACUGUGUUUUCUUCCAUUAUAAACCAAAAGCGUGCAACGAGAAUCAGGAGUUAAUAUUACCAGUAUCCUCACCCGUUCUCAAUUCAUCUACACCCAUUGCCAAAAUUGAGAACAUUGAAACUGAAGAUCCUUCCAUAAAAAUAGAGAAAGAAGAGGUUGUUCGAAGUUCUUUGGAACCUUUCGUUGUCAGCUUUGAUGAAAAUGAAGAAUCAGAUGCUGAAUCUAUUUCAAGUACUCCUGUAAAAUCAAAUGACGUAAAAUCUGGAAAUAUUAGAGGAAGUAAUUUACUAUCUAAAUUUUCAGCAAAAAGUUCAGAAAUGGCUUUAGAUUUUGAAAUAAAAUCAUUGGAACAGAUUCGAUUGGAAAAGAUUCAUAAAGAGUCUGCAAAUAUUUACAAGACAGAUUAUGAAGUUCCCACAUUAGAAGAUUAUAAGAAGAAACGAGUUUUAGAUGAAGACCAAAUUUACCCACCCUCUUCAGAAUUCCUUUUGCUUCAGGCUGAAAGUCCACGAGAUGCUGUUCAAAUAAAAGAAAUUCCUCAAGCAUCAGUAAAAAAAACUAGUGAUUUAAGAACGCUUUUAGUACAAUCAAAAGAACCGCCAGUUGCAAGAGUGUUUGAAAUACCAAAUAAAAUUGUUUCAAUAAAGAGAGAAAUCAAUCCAGCAAAUGAUACUUUAGGAUUUAAAAUCAAAACAUUGGAUGAAAUUCGAAAGGAGAAAAUGAUAAAAAAAGAAGCACCAAGUAAUGAAAAUGAAACUAGAAGUCUUCAAAAUCAACUAAAUACAUCUUUAAUUAAAAAGGAGCCUUCAGAAACGUCCAGAAAACUGAAAAUUAACCGUAAAUCUUUGGAUUCAGGUGGUGGAACUGUCAAUGAAGGCAUGGAAGAAAACCUGUCAACCAGAGCAAAUAUGGAAACAGAUGAAAACACUGGCUUGCAUUGUAAAGAUCCUGAAAGUUUACUUAAAGUUAAAAGGAAGAUUUCUACAUCUGAUGAAGAGAAAAAUAACAAAAUGAUGAAAAGAGAUGAACAAAACAAAACACAAGUAAGCAGUCCAGAGCACCAACCGAAGCAAAAUGAUUCACCUUCUACGAAUCACUUUGGGGAUGGUACGAAAGAAAAUUCUGAAACAAAACACGAUACAAUUACACAGACUGCAAAUCAAAGUGAACUAUGUCCAAAUGGGUCAUCUAGCAAAAAAAGUAUCUCCAUGGACGAUAUAGACAACUUUCUAUGUGAGGAUAUGGGGGAGGAGGAGACGAUGGCUGCCGAUGAUGACAUAUUGCUAGAGAUCAAUAAGUUUUUAGAAAGCUGAUAUUCUAAUGUUUCUAUCUUUUGUCCAUACUUUUCACAAUGUAUUAUGAAUAUGUCAUUUUUAACAUAUCAUUUUUAAAGUUUUUUUUUUUCUUUUGAAACAAAAAGGAAGAAAAAUUUUAAUUGUUGAAGGGGGUCCAGGACACAUUUUUUAAAACCAUUUUAAAAAGUGCAUGAAUUUUUUUAUACUAUUAAAUCGUACAAAAAGUACUAUGGUUCAUUUAUAAAAAUUCUCUUUACAACUGAACAUAUUCUCCAUUGACAACACUAGAAAGACUGAAAUUUAGUAUAUAACCUAUUGCCCAAAAGCAGUCAAAAUGACAGCCUUGUGAAAGAAUAAUGUCUAAAGAAAUUUAAUUUAUUUUUAAUAUUAUUUACAGUUAUAUAACAAGUUAUUAGUAAAUAUUAACAAUUAAAAAAAUUUACCUCACUUGGAAAAAAAAUAAUUUAUGCAUUAUUAUUUGUACAUUUUUAUAAAUGAAAAAGCAGGCAAAAUGACCUCCUUGGACAAUAUCUAGUGUUAAAAAUUUUUUUGACUUAUUUUAAAAUUUAUAUGCCCUAAGAAUGUUUAAAAAAAAUUCUAAAAUUUUAUUUCAUACUUUUCCUUUGUUAAUGUUUUUUAAAGAUAAUUAUAAAAUAUAUUUUACAAACAAAUUUCCAGGAAACCAUAAAAUAUACAUAGCUGCCAACUCUACUGGAUUUUCCAGUAGAUUACUGGUUUAAUAAAAAUUCUGAUUUUUGCACAUUUCUGAAAACUUUCAAAAAUUGACUAAGUUUCCUAAAAAUAUCCCUAUUGAAGUGGAAUUUUUAUAUUGUUUGCUUGAAUAUUUAAAUAAGUAUUACUAAUAUAUAAGGAAGCACCUCAUUUAUAGCAAUAAGUUUAAAACUUUUUUUGUUCUAAAAUGUUCAGUUUAGUUUUAUUCAGAACUCCCUUUGUAAAUUAAUUAAAAAAUCAUAAUUAUUUCUUAUGAAUAAAACAUCUAUUACUCUUCAAAAUCAUAAGUAAACAUAAUUCAAAACAUUUCAAGCAUAUUUAAUGACGAUCAUGAGCGCAAAGUAUUGCAGUUUUUCUAUUUUGAUAUCGAUAAAAAUCCCUGAAAUUCCCUAUGUAUAAAUUAUUUAGUACAUUAUGCAACUACUAUUAUGAUAUAUAUAUUAUUUCGUAAAAUUUACUCGAUUUUUUCCUAUCUAUGUUGGCAGCUAUAAAUAUAUGUGUAUUCAAAUUUCAUACAGUUAUCAUUCAGUCUUAUCUAUUCAUACAGUUAAUUAAGAUUUGUUAUUUUAAAGUUAGAAAAAAUCUUUACAAUUGCAGCAAUGCUUAAAUAUAUGUUUUUAUUGCAUGUUACAUAUUUUAAUGAAUUUUUUAUAUAUUACAUGGGGGAGGAAUUAAGGGAAGCAAGCCUCAUUUUCUAACUGAUCUGUACUCAUGUCCAUAAAUUAAGGAUAAAACCAAAUAAAGGUUCAGGAAAUAUGACCUAUUGACCAAGAGAUAAAAUACAUAAAAGAUGGUGUAUGUAAGAUACUAUUCAUUAAAACUAUGAUUUUUGCUUCCUGAAGCAAUUAUAAAAAAUAUCCACUUUAGAAAAAUUUAAUAUUAAAGGGUUGGUUGGUAUUAUGACUAAUACAUUGUAUAGGGGAUGAACAAAAUAAUGGAAACACUUGUAUAAUAAAAUUUUUUCAUAAGUCUCAAGAAAUAUUUAAAGAAUAUUUUAACUUCAGAAAUGUUUAGAUCGAUUUUGCAUGCUUACCAAUGAGGUUUUAGUGACCGAUAAUAAAUUACAAACGGAAAAUAGUGUUUUUAAAUACCCUAUGCCAAAACGUGUAGCAAUAAAUUUGUAACUUAUAUCAAUUAUUUUGGUUAUUAUACGUAACAAUUGCACAAAAGUUUAACCUAGCUUAAAUAUUUAGGGAAAUAAGGAUUUUUUUUUUUAAAUUGUCUUACGUUCAUAUGACAGGCCUGCCAACAUAAAGACCAGUAUUUCCCAAAUGUCUGUACACAGUUUGCCUUGAAACAAUAGUACCCGUGACUGCAGGUAACUGAUGAGACAAUUUGAAUGCUAUGCUCUGUCUGCUUCUUUUCCUGUCCUCAAUGUUGCCACUCCACAGGGAAAUACCUGGAAUUUAAAAAUCACCUAAAAUAACAGGGAAAAAUUCAGGAAAUUUUGAGUUUUUAUUUAGAAACUAGGAAAAUACAGGAAGUUUUGUCUUUUAAAGCUGGUAACCUCUCGAAGUGCAAUCUAUGGGAUACUUUACGGUAAUAUUUCAGCUAUAUUAAACUAGUUCAUUAUUUGUUUUGAGUAUGUUCAGCUGUUCCUUUUUUCUCUAAGUUUUUUCUGCAAUUAUAACUAGUAUAGUUAGCCCAAUAAAGCUGAUAAUAGAGCACACUGAUUAUGUUUUUUCCUCUUAAUAUAUAGUGUAUAAUAUGUACAGGGAAAACACAUUGAGUUUUUUGUUUCCAGAUUUGAAUGGAAACCCUGGUACUGUAAUAUCUACUGACGUUUCCAUCAUCUUGGAAUUGUUGCCAAAGGUUAAAAAUGACACCAUGGGCAAUUCCAAGUUCUUCUAUACCUCAUUCUAAUAAUUCUACCAUAUAAAAAAUCAUCCACAUGUGUCCUAACUAUUCUGUUAUGGCACUGACCAGCUUACAGAAUGCUUGUGAAAAAUUUUACUUCUUUGCCACCAUUCCUUAUAUAUCCUUACUUACGCUCUCGUCAUUGUGACGUACCGUCGGUGUCAUCUGGGAGCGCACAUAAACUUUAUCUUAGACAUAGCACUAUGAAGAGAUAUUUGGACAUUUAUAAUCAAUCAUUUUAUUUUAAUUCAAAUAAAUAAUGUAUUAAUAAUUGCGAUAGGAAGGCAGAAUUUAGAAUUAUUAACUUACAGACUUACCACAUUGAAAUAAAAUUUAUAUUAAUAUAAAAUAAGAAAAUAUCUCACCAUCUUACAAUAAUUCUAUUCAAAGUUUAGUUAUGGGUCAUUAUUAUUUGUUAAGUGAAUCGAAAAAAAAUAUUAAAUUAUUAAAAAAAAAAAAAUCUUGUAAGCCAUCUAGUGUUAUUUAUUUAUUUAUUUUUGGAGUGUCCGCUUAUAUACUCCACUUCCUCUAAUUUGCAUUUGUUCAUGAAUAAUUGUACUAGUGAAAUGUUUAGAUUUCCUUGUGAAUCUGAAUUAUUCUUAAUUUAUAGACAUGAGUGUAUGAAACUUUCAACUUGCAUAUUAACUGAGAUUAAAAUCUUAGUUUUUUCACUAUAAUUUUGUCUAAUGAAGUUAAAAAUAUUUUUUUUUUAAUUAUUUUAGUGAAAAAUCAGGAAAGAAUAUUUAUUUUUUAUUGAAAAAGUUAUGUACUAAACUCAUACCGGCUAGGUCUCCAGUUUUUUAACGAAGACUGCUGUAUUUUACGACUUUCUCUAGUUUACCCCUAUAUUCUCAAAUUUCUCCGUAUUUAUUGAAGAAUUUUUUUUUUUAAAUUAUCUGCUGGUGGCAAAAAUAUUUCUCUUAUUCCUCAACAGAUAGUGCUAUUGCCAGUACUGCACUAUGUUGAAUGUUAAAAGUUUAAGUAAUUAUAAAUAAUGUUUUAAAAAUGUCUUCUUUUAAUUAAGAUUUAUAUACAUAUUUUGAAUUCCUAUUUUAUGCAUGAUGUAUCAAAACUUUACUCAUAGUCUAAAAAAUGUUACUAGUAAAAUCUGCAUUAUUUUAUUUCUCCAAUGUUGGCAAGUAAACAUAAUUUUUUCAAUAGAUUUAAUUGUAAAGGAGAAAAAAGGUCCUAAUUUAUCAAAAUUUGUAUGUCUUGGACCCUCUUAAAAGAUAAAAAUGUGAACUCUGAUAUGUAUAUAGUCCUAUUGUGUUGUAAAAAUUAAUUUUGUUGUUUGUUAUAAGUACAAGAAUUGUUCAGUUCAAAAAUACAAACUAUGUGUUACAACGAAAUCAUUUGAUAGAUAUGCAGGUUGGUAAAAAAAUAUUUUGUGCACUAGACACAAUCAUUUUUUCAAUCUUAGGUUUGAAACAUUUGUAAAUAAAAGAAUUUUGUUUCGUA